ACACUUUUCGAAAUUAAAUUACUCCGCCCUAAUGUCCAUACAUACAUUAGGAUGCAUCAUCAUAAAAAGUUGCGGCCUUCCCACCGCAGUUAUACAGUCUAUUAUACUUUGAGGCUUUUGCGAAAAAUAUUAAGAUUUACGUGAGUUGGGGCGAUCUGAAAAUGCAUACAUACCUUCAAAAAUCUCAUUCAGGCAUGCUCUGGAUUUUGAAUUCGAGUAAAAAAAUAUCGAAUUCCGUUUGAAUCCACAUAUGCGUGCUCCACGUUUAUCGGUUUACUUUUUCAAUUGUAAUCGAUUUCGAAAUGAUAUCGAACAAUAUUGCCUGCUCUAUAAAUCGAAUGCACAUGAAAACAUGUGUUUUAAAACACUUUCAGUUGGCCGUGCGAAAUUAAAUUCAAGAGACAAAAAAUGGGUAAGCACAAAAGCAGCUUGCAGGACUCCAUUAUGCUCCGUUUUAUGGAAAGCAACCCCGAUAUGGCCAAAGGCUUCAUAAAAGGCGAUAAGGCGAAGAGUGACAUGCAAUGGAGAGUGCUAGUAGACGAACUGAACAGUAAUGGACCGCCUACAAAAGACGUCGUCGGUUGGAAAAAGGUUUGGAUAGACUGGAAAGCUACGGUCCGCAAAAAAAUCGCACACAACAACUCUGAAGCCAGAGCUACGGGUGGUGGACCCUACAAUAAGUAUGUGCUUACCUCUACUGAAGAAAAAAUUGGCCAAAUUUGCGGAAUUUUUAAAGUUGUCGAAGGUAUAGAGAAUACGCGCGAUUUUGGGCAACAGGAAAAUGAGGAAGUAUCAAGCAAUGACGACAAUGAGAGAUCGAGCGUUCUCACUACCCCUACUCCUAUUCGUAAUGUAGCCAGCACACCGAAACGUCGCCGGGAGCCUAGCUUCAAUGAGUGCAUUAAAAAAUACAUGGGUGAAAAAUAUGAAAAUAUGAACUCAAAGAGUUGAAUCGCAAAUUUAAAAAAUUUUACGAGAAUGUAGUUAGUAGUGUCGAAGAGAAGAAAAGACACCACCUCAAAAUAGAGAAAAUUCGAGAGGGAGAACUUGAAAUAAAGCACAGGAAACUGGAGCUGCAGGAGAUAGAAAUUAACAUACUUUCAGAGAAGAAAAAGACUGAAAUGUAAUGGUUUGUAUUGCGCAAGAAGAAUUUCUGAUGGGACUACUAAAUCAUGAAGUGGAAAAUACUAUAUGCUGUAUUCAACUUGAGUACAAUAAGCUCUCUUUUUAAUACUUGAAUGCUUACUGGAUUUUUAGAAGAAUAAGCUCCAUUU